UUAAAAACUUAUUUAAAUUAAUUAAAAUUUAAUCGAUUUUUUGAUAUUAGCAAACAAACAAACUAGGCUUGGUUUAUAAUAAACACCAAAAAAACCAAUAGGAUUUUAAAAUAAUUUUUUCUAAAGAAUGAAUUUAGAUUUAGUUUAGUUAUUUAAUUUUAAGGCAUCAAGCGAUUUAUUGACAAAGCUAAUGGAAAGCUAUGACAAUGAAAUAAAAGAAGAUGAAAAAACUCUAAAAGAGCUAUCUGAAAUAAAAUAAAGAUAUGAAAAGAAUGCUUCACCUGAUUUGCUUAUUCCUUAUGACAAGAUUUUAAGAGAAGCGGAUGACUAUAAAUCUUUACUCAUUUUGGCAGCUAAUUGCAGUGAAAUUUAAAAAGAAAUAACCAAUUAUAAUAAAAAAUAUAAAGAAUUUUUCAAUACUUACAUUGAGAUAAAGAGAAUCAAAAAGUUAUAUGAAUUCAACGAAGACACUUAUAACUUAAUCAAUACUACUAAAAAUCUUUGGGACCAAGUUAAAGCAUUAGAUUUAUAGUUUUUAGAAACUGGCAAGAGUACAUUUUAGGCAUUUAUGUACAAUUAGCUUGAAACCCUUUUUAAAAAUUUUGAAACUCCAAACAACAAUGUUUUGAAUUCUGUUUUAAAAAUGAUUAAUCUGCCUUACAAAAGUUCAAAUAAAAAGGGAUAGGAAGAUUAAGAGGAAAUUUUAAUUGAUAAAGAAUACUAGUAAAUAGUCCCUUAUUAUAUAAGGAAACUAGUUCAAAUAGAUCAUGUUAUGAAUGGUAUCAUACCAGAGAAAAUGUUUUUUACUCGUGUAUUAAGUGAAUCAAUUAUUGUUGCAAUUAAUUUUCACUUUUUAGGAGAAAAAGAAACCAAUGAACCUUCAAAGCCAGAGUGGUUCUUUGAUUACCUCUAAGACACUUUUCAAAAUAAUGUUUAGAGAUAUGCAAGCAUUUUCAAAAAAGGAAAAAGAGAAGAAUCUGUUUUGCUUUUUAUGCAAAAUUUGUUUUAAAAAAUAUGUUUGAAUCCAAUUAUAAUUCGUUUCAAGUAGGACAAAGAAACAUUCUUGAUGGAUGAUGACCUUUUGAGUCAUUUUAUCACCAAGCUUGAAACUCUUGAAAGUUAUCUUGAAAAGUAUUGCUAGAACUUUAUAAUUUAAUAAGAAAACGCUCAAUUAGCUGAAUAAAGAUUCCUUCCUUACAUAUUAGAAAAAGUUUUAUUGACGAAUGAAGAAAAUAUUUUAAAUUUAAUAAUUAAUAAAGAAUUUAAAAUAUUUGAUGAGAAAAUUCUUUAGCCAAUCCUGAAGGUAGACAUGAGAGAGCUUCAGCCAAGAUAUGCAACAGAAAAAAAUUUUGAGAUUUUUCCUAUAGUUGAAGAUUACACUUUACUAUUUGCCAAAACAGUUAAAAAAUAUGGAUUUAUUAAAGAUGCCACUUUAAAAGACAAAGUCAAAUAAAUACUUUAAGAAUAAUUCUUUAACAAAUUUAUGGAAAAUUUGCAUACCAUUUUUGAAUAAAUCUUAGACAACAGUGAUGAUAUUACUCUCCAGUUAAAUGAAUACUUCAGAAAAGUUUAUAAUAUUUUGCGUUAGUACUAAGAGAAUAAUCCUUUAGGUGGUAAGGAAAAUGACUUGAAGGUAUUAAAAAAAUUUAAAUAAGAAUGUAUAGAGUAAGUAGUAUUUAAGUUUAGUGAUCCUAUUAUAAAAAGCAGCUUAAGAGAUGCUAAAAAGUUAAUUAAUUCAACUUACUUUAAAUAUUUUACUCACCCCAAAAUUGUAGAAGAAACAGAUGUAGAUGUAAAUGAGUUAAAAACAUAAAUAUUUGAUUCCCUAGUUAAUCCACUAAAGUAAUUAUAGAAAAAAGUUAGCAUAAAAUCUUUUAAGUACAUAAUUAAUAAAUUAUUGAAAGACUUCGAAGAUUUUGUCUUUAAUUAAAUCUUCAAAAGCUAUAAUAAAUUCUCUAUAUUUGGUAUGGAAUUUUUAAUAGACAGUAUAUUUUUCGUCAUACUUGACACAGUUUAAACUUCCAUUGAGAAUCUACCAAAUGUAGACUUUGAGAAACCCAAAGAAAAAUUGACUGAAAUAGAAAAGUGUGCCACUAUGGAUAAAAAAAAGUUAAAUCUUAUGCUUAGUGCAGAAUAAGUCGAAGUUUUAAGUCUUCAUUUCAAAUUAUUGAAGAAAGAAGAGAUCCAAAUAUUAGAAAGAAUUAAUUUGAUUAACGUCUGAGAAAAAAAAUUAUUAAUUUUAUUUAAAUAAUAUUUAAAUUAUUCACUUUUGUUUGCUUUAAAAUAUUUUUCUCAAAUCAAAAUAGUAUUUUCUAAAAGAUAUUAUUUCAUAAUUUAUU